AUGAAUAGAGUCUGGUAUAAUGAUUCCAGUACAAAUCCUAGAAGACCCAUAACAACUAGUUAUUUUGGUUGUAUCACUCAACUUUAUCAAAUCGCAUUAUUUGAUAAACAUGAUAAACCGACGAAUAAUUAUAUUACCAUUGACGAAGAUGAUUUAAAUUUGAUUAAAAGACACAAGUGGUAUUUCAAGAAUGAGAUUGUAGUAAAUGAGAAUAGUAUUGCUUUAACAGAAAUCCUUACCGGUUCCACCAAUGUUAAACUAAAAGAAGGAAAAAAAUAUGAUUUGACAAAUAAUGAAGAUAUUUGCAUAUUUACAAAAAUUAAAAAAAAAGACAAGAUACUUGGAAUGGGAAUCUAUUGUCCUUUAUAUCCAGAUAAAA